GGCUCGAGAUCAUGCCGCCUCCAGGGGUUAAAAAGCCAACUCUGCCGUUCCACCUUCUCAAGGAGCUCGGCGUAUCCGCUUCUGCUUACACCAUCACAGACUCGAGACAAGGGCAACGGCGAGGGGCGGCAAAAGGGCAGAUAGCGUCUAGAAAGGAGAGGCGCAAGGCCGAGAGGAAACAGGGGAAAGCAAAUCGUGCAGCGGCCACCCGAGACCACGCCGAGCGGACGGUCCCGAUCCGCAAGAGCAAUGCGCCCCCAGCGACGGCGGAUUCUUCGAGACCGACGCAUGGGCAGGCGAGGAAUGGUCCGAAGUCCAUCCUGAAGAAGGGCCGGCCGGUUCCCACGGAAGAUGAGCAAGAGUCGAAGGGUUUUGACGAUACGCUUGAGGAAGAUGACGACCAGGACCUGCUUUCAGACGGGGUGCUUGACGAAGGAUCCGAUGACGAGGGAGAAGAAAGCGCAGCCUCCGAGGACGCAGACUUUGGAGACGAUGCGGUGGAUGCGCCUCCGAAGCGGAGCAUGUCGAAAACCGCGAAAGCAAUGCUCGCUCGAGACGACGCAGAAAUCGCCGAGCUGGAGAGGAAACUCGGGCUGAAGAAUCGAAAAAAGUUGCCUAAGUCUUUCAGAGACGACGGCCUUGGCGAUCUCCUUGACGGCUUGGGCGGUGGUUUCGAUGAGGAGAAGCAAGAAAAACGGAAACGCAAAGCAGAGGCGGACGAAUGGUUGGCUCAGAAGCGGAGAAAGGCCGAAGCAGCGUCCACCUCCGGCCAGCAGUCGCGGCUCGUUGACGAAAGUGCCGACGAUUCUGGUGACUCGGACGAUUUGGGUGAGGUUAUGGACGGCUUUGACGAGGACGAUGAUUUGGAGGACGCCGAUUCUGACGACCAUGAGCUUGACGAGGAGGAUGUGAACGGCGGCGAUCAGGGAGAAAGUCAAGACAGUUUCGAAGGCUUCGAUUCAGAAGACGAGGAGACUGCGGAACAACCACCGCAAAGGCGGAUUCGCGAGAAUCCGUACGUUGCCCCCACGACGGGGCAAACCGCGAAAUACGUGCCGCCAUCAUUGCGAAAAGAAUCAGGAUCAGACGCCGAACUGGAAGCCCGAAUCCGGCGUCAGACACAAGGUCUAGUCAACAGGAUAACCGAAUCCAACAUGUUGACUAUACUGGCGGAGAUCGAGAAGCUCUACCGAGAAUACCCUCGGCAGCACGUCACUUCUUCCCUCGUGGACCUUCUCCUGAUACAGGUCUGCGAUCCGACGAGCCUGCCAGACACUCUUUUGAUUCUAACCGCGGGCUUUGCCACCGCGGCUUACAUGGUUCUCGGGAACGACUUCGGCGGCCAAUUGAUCGAAGAGGUCGUGGGCCGCUUCGAAAGGUACUACGGGGAAGCCAAAGCGGCGGCCGUGGACCGGCCGGAUGUGCCGAAGCAGACGUCCAACCUGAUUACUUUUAUCUCGGAGCUCUAUACCUUCCAACUUAUUGGCCCCAAUCUCGUCUUCGAUUACAUCAGAAUGUUGCUCGAGAGUCUCUCAGAGCUCAAUGCCGAACUCUUGCUCCGGGUCGUACGCAUGUGCGGCCCUACGCUACGCCAAGACGACCCGAUGGCGCUGAAGGACAUCGUAUCCCUGAUCCCGCCAGCUGUCGCAAAAGCUGGCGAGAAGAAUUUGACCGUCAGAACGAAGUUCAUGAUUGACACCAUUACCGAUCUGAAGAACAACAAGAUGAAGGCCGGAGCGGGCGCAUCGGCGGUUAUCUCGGAGCACAUUACGCGGAUGAAAAAGAUGCUUGGCCAGCUGAAAUCGAGGAAGCUCAAGUCCACCGAGCCGAUGCGUAUGGGCCUGAAGGACAUUCAGGAUGCCGACAAAAGAGGCAAGUGGUGGCUCGUCGGCGCGAGCUGGGCAGGACGUCCGGCUGGUGAGCAGGACGCAGGCAAACCUACGAACGCGCAGGAUGACGAGAGCGACGACGAAAGCAUCCUCCUAGAUGAUGUCGAGCAAGGCCCCGACCUGGCGGAGCUCGCCAGGGAGCAGGGGAUGAACACCGAAGUGCGACGGUCCAUAUUCGUCUCGAUCAUGUCAGCCAUGGACUACCAAGAUGCCUACGCCCGCAUCCUCAAACUCCGGCUCAACAAGGAGCGCCAGCGCGAGAUACCGAAUGUCAUCAUCCGCUGCGUCGGCGCAGAACAGUACUACAACCCUUACUACACCCUGGUCGCCAGGCGGCUCUGCUCAGAGCUGCGUGAGGUCAGAUGGGCCUUCCAGUCCUGCCUGUGGAAGCUGUUCGGGAGGAUGGGCGAGCCCGAUUUCGGCGAGGACGAGGCUGAAGACGAGGAAGAAGACGAGUCUAUGGAUACGCGGCGGAUCGUCAACACGGCAAAGAUGUUUGGCGCCCUCAUCGCCGGCGGCAGCUUGGGGGUGACCGUUCUAAAGCGGCUCAACCUCUUGUACCUGCAAAAGAAAACCCGGGACUUUGUGGAGGUCAUGCUCGUCACGGUCCUGCUCGAGUGCCAGGGCAGCGAACGGGCAGAGGAGUCAACCGCAAAGGUGUUUGCCGGUGCCGAAGCUGCCCCUGACCUGGCGAGGGGUCUCCAGUACUUCCUGAAGAAAGUCGUUCGGAAGUCGGAUCUGGCCGGGGGCAAGAAGAACGCGAAGCUUCUCAAGGAUGGAUGCAAGAUGGCUGAGGCAGUCGUCCAGACUGCGCUGGCCAGGGCCGAGGACCUGGCUUGAGUGAGUGUCGAGACGGAGCUGCCCAAGCAGUGAUUCCGGCUAUUGGCGUCGGAAUGGUCUCUAGCGCACCAAAUAAAAGUGAUACCC